GGGCCGCAUCUCUCCUCUCCCUGCUUCUCCAUAGGGUCGCCCUGCCCUAUUAUCUCAUCCGCUUCAUUCCCAAGCUGAGCAAAGAGAGGACGAAGGAAGGGAGAGAAGAAGCAGAAAUCUCCGCACCAUGUUCAAGAAGUUCUCUUCAGAAGAUAUUUCUGGGCAGAAUCAAGUUAAGGCCUCUGUUCAGAGAAAGAUUCGGCAAAGUAUUGCUGAUGAGUACCCUAGCCUUGAACCUUUGCUAGAUGACUUGCUCCCAAAGAAGUCACCUAUGAUUGUUGUUAAAUGCCAAAACCAUCUGAAUCUUGUGGUGGUGAAUAAUGUCCCACUAUUUUUCAACAUCCGUGAUGGUCCUUACAUGCCAACCCUGCGUCUUCUUCAUCAGUAUCCUGAUAUCAUGAAAAAGUUCCAAGUGGAUAGAGGUGCUAUUAAAUUUGUUCUCUCCGGUGCAAACAUAAUGUGUCCUGGAUUGACAUCACCUGGUGGUGCUUUGGAUGAUGAAGUCGAGGAGGAAACACCAGUGGCUAUAAUGGCUGAAGGCAAACAACAUGCAUUGGCAAUUGGAUAUACAAAGAUGUCAGCGAAGGACAUUAGGACCAUCAACAAAGGGAUUGGAGUUGACAAUAUGCACUAUCUAAAUGAUGGGCUAUGGAAGAUGGAACGGCUCGAAUAAGUAGAAUCUUCCGAGGGGGUGCAGAAUUUGCAGCAUGGUCAUAUUUGAGGUGUAAGAACCAGUAGAACUAUGUAUCUACACAGCUGGGAUCGUUUAAACAGAUGAAGUAGCCAGAAGCGACCUUUGCGUGAGAGAAGUUAACUCUGACACCUCUGGCGUUGGAGGUGUCUGUCGAAACACUGACAUAUGAAUGUUGUGUUCAACGCUUUAGAUGGCAGUGUGCUGCUGGGAUCCUUGUAUAUUGAUGUUGCCUCACUAAUCGUUGCACUUUCACCAAAAUAAUUUAAAUUGAAAGGGAAGAAAGGGAGGAAAUCCAUAAAUCUCCUCUUGAGU